ACUUCCGCUUUUUCCCUGGGAGGAGCCAGGCGCGCCGUCAUGAGUCUCUUCAAGUUCGUGGAUAUUGGCAUCAACCUGACAGAUCCUAUGUUCAGAGGAAUUUACAGGGGGGUGCAGAAGCAUCCAGAUGACUUACAAGAUGUAAUAGAGAGAGCUAUCCAGAUUGGUGUUAAAAAGUUUAUGAUCACAGGUGGAAGUCUCCAAGACAGUAAAGAUGCACUGCAGUUGGCACAGACACAUGGUACCCUCUUACUCCUUUUACCUAAACAAAUGUGAAUUACGUAAUUAUGAAGAAGUCUUUCUCAGAACUAACUGCUUAAGACAUGUUUUUCAGUACAGUGGGGUGUCACCCCACGCGAUGUGAUGAGUUUGAGAAGGGUAGCCCUGAUCAAUACUUAGCAGGAUUGCUGAGCCUUGCUGAGAACAACAAAGGAAAGGUUGUUGCAAUAGGGGAAUGUGGACUUGAUUUUGACCGACUUCAGUUUUGUCCCAAAGAUACUCAACUCAAAUAUUUUGAAAAACAAUUUGAACUGUCAGAACAAACACAAUUACCAAUGUUUCUCCAUUGUCGAAAUUCACAUACUGAGUUUUUAGAUAUCAUGAGAAGAAAUAGAGAUCGGUGUGUGGGUGGAGUGGUCCAUUCAUUUGAUGGCACAAAGGAAGCAGCCGCUGCUCUGAUUGACUUGGACCUUUAUAUAGGAUUUAAUGGUUGCUCCCUGAAAACUGAAGCUAACUUGGAAGUUCUGAAGUCAAUACCUAGUGAAAAACUAAUGAUUGAGACAGAUGCACCUUGGUGUGGAGUUAAAAGUACGCAUGCUGGAUCAAAAUACAUAAGCACUUCAUUUCCUACCAAAAAGAAAUGGGAAAAAGGGCACUGCUUAAAAGACAGAAACGAGCCCUGUCAUAUCGUUCAAAUACUGGAGAUAAUGUCAGCAGUCAGAGGAGAAGACCCACUGGAAUUAGCCAACACGCUAUAUAACAACACCAUUAAAGUAUUUUUUUCCUGAUUUGUGUUUUCUUUUUAUGAUGUGGAAUUUCAUAGUAAAACUGUGAGCUUUAUUAAGGAAAUUUUUUCCAGUUGUUCUUUAAAGUGGUGGCACUAUACAUUACACCUCACACUGCUUAAUGCUUUAGUUAACAAUGACCACCUUUUUACUGUGUACCUCAGAAGUCUGAAAGAACAGUUUUAUGCUCUCACUGCACACACAGUGAUGCUUACUAAGACUUAGACAGCACACCCUGGUUUAUAGCAAAGUUUAGUUGAUAACAAGCCUAUUUCUCAAUGCUGUCCCUGUUUUUUGACUUUUGAACCUAGCUCUAAGCUGCAGCUCAGGUUUCAAGUUUCUUAGUUGUUUCUAGCAGGUUAUCUUCCCUUAGUUUUAGAAGACUUUUAUAGCCUUUCUACUCAAGAUUUUUUCUCGUCUCUUAUCCUAACAUUCCUUUAUUCUGCAUUUUCAUUUUCCCACUCAGUUUAAGGAAAAGCUAGAGUCCAGCAUUAGAUAUAUUCUAAUUUCAUGGAGGAAUCUUUGGCACAAUUGACGCACCGUAUGAUCAUUAUCUCUAUUAAGAAGUUAUUUGUUCAAAUUUUGUCAUAAAAACGUGAAAACAUUUUAUUCUAUGUACAAUAAUGUACACAAAUUUAAAUAGGUCACCAAAGAGACCAGAAGUAAUUAAAGAGGUAUAUUUACAGUAGCACAUCACAGUAAACGGACAAUCAUUCACAGUUUCAGCAUCGAUACUGCUUUUGUGCUUGCUUACACACUGAUGUGAAGCAUAUUACUCCAUUUCGGAUGAACUGAAUUUUAAACAAAUACCUCAAUGAUUAGUAAAUGCUACUUUAAUCAGUGUCAUCAUUAAAUUCUGCUGCUGCUGCUGCGCCUGUGUGCUGAAUCCCCCCGUUUCUUUCUCUUUGAACAUCAUCAUCACAGUCUGUACUGUCAUCCUCGUUCAGUUCUCGGUCAGAUCCAGCAGCAUCUUCUCUUAAAGCUUCCUCUGGGUUUGGAUUUUCAUUGGGUGCAAUAAACCCGUUGUUGUUAGA